AUGUUUCUGUUACAAUUUACUUCUAUCACCAAUUUCGUCACAGCAUCUGAUAUUGGCAAACGCGUCUGUGUUGGAAAAUAUACCAUACCAUUCGAUGGCAAAGAAGUGCAUGAGCAAUUCUACACACCACUCGACUGCCAAAAUUGUAAUGAAAGUGCCGAUUUUAUGACACUGGCCAAUAACGGGGAACAAUUGUUGAUCCAUUUGGGCUAUAACGAUGAGACGAAGAUUCCAAAAUUACGACGUGGACCGCUGGAGGGCAAAGGUCAUUUUCGUUUUCAGUUUAUGUAUUUUAAUUUUCGCCCACACAUGCCCGAGGAAUGGGGUCUGAAUAAUGUUAGCUUUCCCGCUGAAUUACAUUUGGUUUUCUACAGUGACAAAUUUAGCGAUUACGAGAAAGCUUUGGAGAAGGACAAUGGCAUAGCAGUGGCCUCCAUGGCCUUUCGGGUAAGAACCCAAUCGACCAGUCCAUUUUUAGGUCGGAUCAUUGAGGACAUGGUGGAUGUGCGUGGUAUAGAUACAAAUACCACAGUGCCGCUAAAAACAAAACUAACCCUAUCCACAUUCAUGCCCCAAUCAUAUAAAUACUAUUACACAUAUGUGGGCACAAUGCUUUCGACCAGAUCGCCAACGUUGACGACUUGUCAAUCGAAUGUUAUAUGGAUUGAUUUUGACGAGGCCCAUAAAAUUCAUCCAGAUGAUAUCAGGGAGUUUGAAUUGCUACGUAGCUUUCUUAAAUUUUCAAUUACUAAAUUCACCUUAAAUUACAAGAGUCCAGAGACAAAAAUAAUGGUACCUCUGAAACCAAAAACUACAACGGCACCGGCCGCAUUUUCGGAUUUGAAACGGGUUGUGAGCGCAGUACCCAAUGGCCAGAAGAAAGAGUCUCUAAUCGAAGCAAUGCUAUUGAUAUGCCUUGCAAUCAUCCUGGAAAGGUAUUACAAGUUUUAA